AUGGAUGCUCCCCGACUAGACGGUGGCAGAAUGAGCCAGUCCAGCUUGGGGCCUUCUGCUACGGCUUCCGCUGCCGCCCCUCAAUACAAGGCCGCCGCGGUAUCGACGCAUGAAGCCAGCGAGAGUGCCACGACGCCGGCGUCCGGCUUCCGCACCUUUGUCGGACGAGGGGCGUACCUGGCCGCGCCGGGCGGACACAUGGACGAGGACGAGCCGCCGCCGAACGACGUGCCCAGCGUCUUCGAGCAGACGUCGGCCGAGAUCUUCCGCCUGCAAAAGGCGCUGGACGUGCCGCCGCGCGUGGUGCGGGACGUGCUGCUGGAGAGCUACUGGCGGCACUGCCACCCGUGGAUGCCCGUCGUCAACAACCAGGCCAAGUUCCGGGCGACGCUCGACUGCCCUAGCUCUCCGCUCCUGCUCCAGGCGAUGCUCAUGGCCGGCAGCCGCAUGGCCUCCAUCCCCAUCACGUAUGCCUCGUCAGCCGAGCUGUACGCCCGGGCAAAGACGCUCUUCUGGCUGGACUCGGAAAAGGAUCCCGUCGUCUGCCUGAUCGCCGCCUGCACCCUCCAGUGGUGGACGCCGCACGGUCCGGAGAGCUUCUCCCUUGACACAGCCUACUCGUGGCUGCGCCUGGCCGUGAGCAUUGCCUUUCAGAUUGGCCUGCACCAGGACGGCAAGGCCCCGGUGAAUGCGUCUCUCCAGCGCAGGAUAUGGUGGUCACUGGUGGCCCGGGAUUGCUGUAUCAGUGUGGCGCAUGGCCGGCCUCGUGCUAUCAAGCUCUAUGACAGCGACGUUCCCAUGCCCUGCGAGUCCGACUUCCGGGCAUCAGGCCUGGCGAUGCCCGCCCGAUUCGUGUCGUACGUCAAGAUCUGUCUCAUCCUGGGCGACAUCGCCGAGCGCCACCACCCGCCCAAGGCCUUUCCCAGCGACAAUCGUCUCGAGCUGGAGACGAAGCUGCGCGCGUGGAUCCAGGCCCUGCCGCCCGAGCUCAAGAUCUACGAAGAGCCACUGCCCCGGAGACUGAUGCCGUACAAUUUCGAGACGCGCCAGUUACACGUGGCGUACCUCGCGGCGCUGGUCAUCGCGAAUCACCCCAGUAACAUCAACGACCCGCCGUCCCGUGUGGCCAUCCUCGCCUCGUCGCUCAUCGCCGGCCUGUUUGACGAGUUUCUGAUCCGCGACGACGUGCGCUUCCUCGGCCCCGUCUUCACCUUUUACCUCCUGGCUGCGUCCCUGACACAACUGCGCUGCUGCCAGUACACGUCGUUGCGCGCCACCGCCGAGUUCAACCUGCGCAUCAUCGAGCGGGCGCAGGUGGAGCUCGAGAAGAAGUGGCCCUCUGCCACGGGCUCUCAAAGGCUGUAUUCCAAAGUCCGCGACCGCAUCUUCGGACAAGCAACCUCAGCCGCUGCUAUACUGUCGUUGCCUGACCGACCGAUCACGCCGGCACAACGACUCCUUUUCCAAGACUACGGCGACGAGCUCUGCAAUCAGUGGCAUCUCUUCCCCCAGGAUCGCGUCACGGAGGGCGAGAACCUGGCCAUUGGCAUCCACGACUCUGUGGGUGAAUUCGCCCGAGCCAGCGAGACCGACGAUCUCUCCACCAUCCUCGACGAUUCGCUCGGCCUCAUAGCCAAUCCAGGCCAUCAUCUCUACGGCAUGAAUUCGGACCUGGGACAGGAUCGAGAAAUCACGGGGGGCGACAUUGGCAGCUGGCUUUUGUGGGACGACGUCUUAGUCUAG